GUUACUUACAUGGUUAUCCACUUGAAUGUUAGAACUAGUUGUAAGAUCUUUUCAAUUUGAUUCGUGAUGGAGAAGAAUUCAUAACAUUAGAGAGAAUCUUUAAAUUAUUACGAGUAGUUACUCCAACUAUAUAUUACUUUUUAGGCAUGGCAAUAUGAUGUACCAUUCUCCAAUUUAUGUAAAUUACUUAGGAUGUCUAAUUAAUCAUGUCAUCAGAAUGCUAAGAAUCAUUUAAAUGAGUUAGCAUUUCAUUAAUUACUUCAUAAUCCUGACAUUUAAAUGACUUAUAAACCAAAGAAGGAUGAAACUGUAAAUACUCCUCCAACAUUAGAUGGAUUAUUUAAAAGAUUAGGAGAAUAGAUUUAGAGGAAAAGAUUGUAAGAGAAAUUGAAUGAUGACAACAUUACAAAUAAAGAGAAGUUUAAUUUUAUGCUUCAAUUAUUGCAAGUAGGUUCACCAAGAAAUGAUAGAGAAAAUUCAAUUGUUUUAGAAAAAGUUAAAAGUGUUAGGAAAUUCAAGGAAGAUGAAUUCAAAUUACUAAUAAAACCAAAGAAGACAAAGAGAAAAGCUGAAAGUAUGUAGGAUCCCCCUCAAAUUUAAGUUGAAUAAAAAUUUACUAAGCUUCCAAAUGCUACAUUACAUUUGCCAACAAGUAGAAUUAGAAAAUUACAUGAUCGUAUGAUGUAAUAGAUGGAUGAAAUUAGAAUGGAUCCUAAUGUAUAAAAAUUGAGCAAUAUAAUUCAUAAAUCAUAGGGAAACCUGUCAAUCAGGUUACCAUAAAUUUAAUAUAUAUGA